AUGAGAUACACUGUGAUAACUGUCCUCUUAACGUUAUUCAGUUUAAACAAACUUUGUGAGUCUAACUCAUCUUGUAAAGCAUGGCUGGUCCAAUCCAUCCCCACCGAUAUGCCUCACCUCUCCCACGUUCCCGGAGUCCUCUCCACCGGCGAUGUGCUCCGGUGGCUGGCUGCAAACUCGACUCGUAGACUCGACGUAAUUGCUCAGUAUUGGCAAUUACUAGCUUCCCCGAACGAUCCUCGCACGGGUGAUUACGGUUACACUCGAGAACAGAUGCGCGAAUUUGGUGCUCAUCAAGGUGCUGCAGUUUAUCAAGCAUUAGAUGAUGCUGCAGACCGUAAUGUUAGUAUUAGGUUACUGUCUCACUCUGGGAUAUAUCCAACAUUUAACUUAGAACCUUCCAAACUUGCUUUUGGAAGGCCAAAUGUUAAGAAUGUGACUUUGCUAAUGAAGGAUUGGUGGGGCUCUGGCAUUGUCCAUGCCAAAGUUUGGAUAUCUGAUAAUAAGGAUGUGUAUAUUGGAUCUGCGAAUAAUGAUUGGAAAUCUCUUACGCAGGUCAAGGAAGUUGGAAUUUAUCUUGCUGGUUGUCAUGGAAUAGCUAAAAAGGUUGAGGUUUACUUUAACAAUUUAUGGAAACUAGCAUCUCUGAAUUCUUCAGCUUACACAAAAACAGUGAUGGAUCAACAAUGGCAAGUUGAAAGAAAGGUUCCUUGUUGGUCACAUUUCAUCAAACCUAAAGAGAGAUGCAAGUCACCUCUGCCUCGAUACGUGAAGAGUUGUCAUGUAUCAGGGUAUCCUAUUUUGUCUGACCCUUAUAUGUUUGAAGCCUCAACUCAAACUCCUGGGAGUAAUUAUUCAACAAAACUUCCCCAAGUUAACUAUCUCUCCUUUGCUCCCCCAGAGCUAUCAUUUGGCAGUUAUCAGAGUGAUGAACAGGCAUGGAUUGAUACAAUUAAAUCUGUUGGAACAGGAGAGACGGUUAGAAUCAAUACCAUGGAUUGGCUAGGUCAAUCACAAUAUACAGACCAAACAAUUUUCUGGUCAUCGCUAUCGUCUGCAAUAUCAGAGGUUGUGUUUUCAAAGAAUGCUACGGUAAAGAUAUUGGUGGCAUAUUGGGCACACUUCAUCAAUAGCACAGAUGAUUACUUGAAGUAUCUACACUACACCAACACUCUAUGCUCUUCUUCAAAAUACAACAAAUGUUCUGGUAAAGUUGAGAUCAAAUAUUACGUUGUACCGGGUUUCAACAAGACAGGACCAGCGUUUCAGAAUGGAACUAGUACAGGAAACAUAUACCCUGAUUUUACAAGAGUGAAUCAUGGAAAAUAUGUAGCUAGCAAUGUAAGGGCACACAUUGGGACAAGUAACCUUGUAUGGGACUAUUUCUAUACAACAGCAGGUGUUAGCUUCGGGACAUACAACACUGCCAUUGUAUCUCAACUUAAGGAAAUUUUUGAUGCUGAUUGGAACUCUCCCUAUGCUGUUCCUAUUCCAGAGCUGGAGAGAGAGUCUAUAUUUCUACUUUCAAAUAGAUAA